AGUCACUCAGUUGGUCACACUGAAACACCACAAAAAAUUUCAUCUGGCAGAAAAGUGAAAAAAGAGAAAAUUACGGGGUUUAUCAAGUGUACCCAGAAAAUUAGUUUUAAUUCACAUCCAACAUUAUUGAAGCAUCUCACUUAAUAAACGGCAUCGAAAUGACGUGGGAACCUCAGGCUGAAGGUCUACAGCAGAUCAUUGGGAUCUUAAAGGAAUCUCAAUCACCGGACACAGCGACCCAAGUGGCUGUGCAAAUGAAAUUGGAGGAAUUCAAUCGAUAUCCAGACUUCAACAAUUAUUUAAUUUAUGUGCUGACAAAAUUGAAAUCAGAAGAUGAACCCACGCGCUCGUUGAGCGGCUUAAUUCUCAAGAAUAAUAUACGUAUGCACGGCAGUAAUUUGCAACCGGAGAUUGUCGAGUAUAUAAAACACGAGUGCCUGCAAGCAGUGGGCGAUGAAUCGGCACUGAUACGUGCCACAGUCGGCAUUCUGAUCACCACAAUAGCUAGCAAUGGUGGCCUGCAGAACUGGCCGCAGUUGUUGCCAUCCCUGUGCGACAUGCUCGAUAACCAGGAUUAUAAUGUGUGCGAGGGUGCGUUCAGUGCGCUGCAAAAGAUUUGCGAGGAUUCCGCUGAGAUUUUGGAUUCGGCGGCACUCAACAGGCCGUUGAACGUUAUGAUACCCAAAUUUUUGCAGUACUUCAAGCAUACCAAUCCCAAGAUACGUUCGCAUGCGAUUGCAUGCAUAAAUCAGUUCAUUAUCAACCGAUCUCAGGCGCUGAUGGUGCACAUUGAUACAUUCAUCGAGAAUCUGUUCAAUCUGUCAUCAGACGAGGAUCACGAGGUUCGCAAGAAUGUCUGCCACGGUCUAGUCAUGCUGCUCGAGGUGCGAAUGGACAGGCUGCUGCCACACAUGUCGCAGAUUAUUGAGUAUAUGCUGCUGCGCACACAGGAUUCUGAUGAGGGCGUGGCCCUCGAGGCAUCCGAGUUUUGGCUGUCGCUGGCGGAGCAGAGUAUUUGCAAGGAUGUGCUUGCGCCCUACUUGGCUCAGCUGGCACCGGUGCUGGUGCGUGGAAUGAGAUACUCGGAGAUCGAUAUUAUACUGCUCAAGGGCAAUGUGGAGGAGGAUGAUAUGGUGCCGGAUCGCGAAGAGGAUAUACGUCCGCGCUUUCACAAAUCACGCACACACACUAUAAAAAGUGGUGAGGCCAGUCAGGCGGCCGGCGGCGAGGAUGAUGAUGAUGAAUUUGAUGAUGGCCUAGACGAUGAUAGUUCACUAUCUGAAUGGAAUUUGCGAAAAUGCAGCGCCGCCGCCCUUGAUGUACUGGCAAACGUAUUCCGCGAGGAUUGUCUGCCCAUUGUGCUGCCCAUACUCAAGGAUACUCUGUUUCAUCAGGACUGGGUUAUCAAAGAGAGCGGCGUGCUUGCCUUGGGCGCCAUUGCCGAGGGCUGCAUGACGGGCAUGAUUCAGCAUCUGCCCGAAUUGAUACCGUAUCUGAUUAGCUGCUUGUCCGACAAGAAGGCGCUGGUGCGUUCUAUCACCUGUUGGACUGUUGGUCGUUACGCCAAUUGGGUGGUCAAUCAGCCUCAUGAUCAGUAUCUAAAGCCGCUGAUGGAAGAGCUGCUGAAGCGCAUUUUGGAUUCCAAUAAACGCGUGCAGGAGGCAGCCUGUUCGGCAUUUGCCACACUCGAGGAGGAAGCAUGCACCGAACUGGUGCCCUAUCUGGAGUAUAUACUGAAAACUCUUGUUUUCGCCUUCUCCAAAUAUCAGCAUAAGAAUUUAUUGAUCUUGUACGAUGCUGUUGGCACUUUGGCUGACUCUGUUGGUCAUCAUCUGAAUAAGCCACAAUAUAUUGAUAUAUUGAUGCCGCCACUAAUUGCCAAAUGGAAUUUGCUUAAGGACGAUGACAAGGAUCUGUUUCCAUUGCUCGAAUGCUUGUCCAGCAUUGCAACUGCGCUGCAAUCGGGCUUUCUACCCUAUUGCGAUCCGGUCUACAGGCGAUGCAUAUCGCUAAUUGAACAAACAAUCAAUCAGGAAAUGCUCUGCAAGCAGAAUCACACCUUCGAUCAUCCCGAUAAGGAACGCAUGAUUGUGGCCUUGGAUCUGCUGUCUGGCCUGGCCGAGGGUCUGGACAGGCACAUUGAGACCCUGGUAGCCAAUAGCAGUAUCAUGCAUCUGCUUUACCAGUGCAUGCAAGAUGUUCUGCCAGAAGUGCGUCAAUCUUCAUUUGCACUGCUCGGUGAUUUGACCAAGGCCUGUUUUCCACAUGUGCAUCCGUUUAUGGCCGAAUUCUUUCCUAUAUUGGGUCAAAAUUUAAAUCCCGAUUUUAUUUCGGUGUGCAACAACGCAACGUGGGCUAUUGGUGAAAUAUGCAUGAAAUUGGGUGAGGAAACCAAACAGUACAUACACCUUGUACUAACCGAUCUCUUCAUCAUCAUCAAUCGCCCGAAUACGCCUAAGACUCUGCUGGAGAAUACAGCAAUAACAAUCGGUCGUCUAGGUUAUGUGUGCCCAGUUGAAGUGGCUCCUUAUUUGCCCGAAUUUGUACGACAGUGGUGCACAUCGCUGCGUCACAUACGAGAUAAUGACGAAAAGGACUCGGCCUUCCGUGGCAUGUGCCACAUGAUAACCGUUAAUCCAGCUGGUGUAGUGCCUGACUUUAUAUUCUUCUGCGAUGCGAUAGCCUCAUGGGUGACUCCGCCACAAGAUCUGCAUCAAAUGAUACAAAAGAUUCUGCACGGCUUCAAGACACAAGUCGGUGAGGAGAAUUGGCGUCGAUUUGUUGAUCAAUUCCCGCCAACUUUGGCUGAACGCUUGGUUACCAUGUACAACAUCUAAGGUGGCACUGGCUUCAGUAGCACAGUCCAUAUUCACCACCCAACAACUAAGCAACUAAUUAACUAGACAAUUAUGUUCAAGUAUGAGAGUAAGCGUGUCAUCGUCUUUAAACUUAGUGUAAGCACAGUAGCAGACAAAUGUUUAAAUAAGCUUAUUCGAUGCUGUUCGAAUAAUACAAUUACAUUAUUAUCUGGAAUUUCAACUUAUAAAGUCAAUCACAAAACGAGAAGAAAAAAGCAGCAAACUAAUACAAUAUCUAAAAACUACACAUAUAUAACUACCUAAAAUAUAUCCAUUUAACCCAAACAGAUAUAUACAUACAAUAUAUAUAUAUAUACAUAUAUGUAUACAUAUAUUAAUAUAUAUCGAUAUAUAGGCAAUGCAAAAAUUAGAUGAACUAGUAGAGUUCUAUUGGAUUUGGAUAUGAUUUGUCAGUCCGUUUGAAUAGUAGACAAUUCUAUAAAGAUUGUAUCAAAUUAUAAUUACGUAAAUGAGAGUUCCGGCUGUACUUAAACCGGAUCCAGUGCUAUAGCUAUAUAAACCGCAAUCCAAUCUAUAUAAAAACACUUGAAUAUGCUGAUAUAUACUGUGUUUACUUAUCGCUAACUAAUUUCAAUUUAAGCAAACAAUUGAUAUUGCGCUUCGUCUCGCGUAAAUUAAACAAAAAAAUAAUGAUAUAAUAUGAAAUAACGUCAAUCAAAGCAACUAUCGUAAUCGGUAACUAAAAUAAAAAAGGGGUUGGGCCAAUUGUGAAAUGAAGAUCAAAAUAAACUUGUGCUAAAAUAGUAAAAACAAUAAUUUCUGCAAGAAAUAUAAAUGUUACAAAAUAUUUGAUAUCAACAAAGACUGAUGUUAUAAAAAUAAAAAACUCCGUUCAAUAACAUAUACAUGCAUACAUGCAUUAUUCAUCAUUUACCGAAUGAAUUUCACAACUAUUCCCAACACUUUAUAUAACAAAAAGAAAAGGAAAACAAAACAAAAAAUUAAUCGUCGCGUUUCGGGUCCUAACGGUUUCGCGUUCGCGUAUUAUCGUCGCUCGUUCGUUCGCUCGCUCGUAUCUCGUAUCGUAUCGUAUAUCGUCGGGUUAUAAAACAAAUAAAAAACUGAUAAAUAAUAAUAGUGCAACUGUUACUGAUACAAAUUUACUUAUAAUGUAUACGACUUGAUAUUUAUAUACUACGCAAUUUAGAUGAUUUCCUUUUUUUUUUUAUUUAUUGUUGUUUAGUUGGUUUUUGUUAAACAAAGAACAUGAGAUUAGAAUUCCGUUGAAUAUGAUAUUUAUUUUGUGCGAUCCUUAAGAAAUGUUAAACAAAAAAGAAAAACAAAAACAUAAUCCAAGCAACCCAUUGACUGAUUCACUUUUAAAAGUAUUAUAUAAUUUUUGUAUAGGAGCAUAUUUAAUUACAUAUAUAUAUAUAUUUUUUUUUGCAAACUUGCUAUAAUUUGUAUAGAAUCGUUUCAGCGUUACAUCUGGCUAGCGUUACCUUAUAAUUUUUGUACAGAACAAAUUUUUAACGAUUAGGUGUAAAGUGUACUACUAAAUGGAAAACAAAAGUCUUUGAAAUUGUCGCGGAUCAAAAAACUAAAAAUAAAAAGUAUAAAAAAAACCAAACAACACAAAUCAACUCAGAAAAACAAAGUAAAUUUAAGUAAUAGUAUUAAUUAUAUGCAGACUUCUGUUAAGCAGAGUUUGUAUUUUUAUUUAAUUUCGAAAACAAAACAAUGGGGGAACGUGUGAUAAUAAUGUAAAUUCGGGUCGUUCGUUCGCGUCGCGGUUAAACUAAAUACAAUAUAUACAUAUAUAUAAAACUAACAAUACGGGACUUUCGCCCCCGAGUCCCCAAUAAACAUGGAAUCAAACACAUAACUGAUAACUCCAAAUAACUGAAAGCAAAAGCAAAACUAAAACUCAAUAAAAAAUAAAUAAAUCGUGAUUUCGUUGUACCUUAAACCGAAUUCAUCGCGGAAUUUCGGUCGCGUUCGCGUGCGUUUGUAUCUCUCUCGGGUGAUCUUAGUGAUUAGCGUUUAAGCAGUAAACAAAUAAUUAAAUGAAAAAAACUAUAUAAUAAAUUUAUCAGAAAAGCAAAAACUACACACAAUACAUAGAAAAUAUGAAUAUAUUUAUUAAUAAUACCAGCUAGGAUUUGAUUUCGUUUUACUCCAUUACUAUUGAAAAAUGUUUGGAAGAAACAAUCAAAUCUGAUUAACAAGAACAUUGGAAAUAUUUUUAAUUGUUUUAAAAAAAUGCCUAUUUGUUUACAAUAAAUAUGUUUCGCACACACACACACACAUGCAUAGAAGCACAUCGGCAAUACUGAAUAGAAAUAUUUCGUAGACACACCUAUAUAUAUAUUCCUAUUCAUAUUUAAAAAAAAAAAAUUUAAUUUCUUGGAAAACUUCAAUCGGAAUUUUACAAUUUUACAAGAAAUGUAGAUAUGUAUUCGGAAAUAAUGUAUGUAUAGAAAAUAACGAAUCCUUUACACAAUAAGAAAAAGAUGUAAACUAUCCAAUGCACAUUAUGGAGUCUCAAUAGAACUAUGGAAUAACUAUCUAUCAUUCAAGUAUUACGAUCAACUAAAACUUGAACUAUUGCAUAAUUCUAUUGUCUCUCUGCUAAAUGCUGAUGCUUGUGCAUCCAAUUCUCCUCAACGAGAGUUGUGUAAACUAAUCAGAAACCUAAAUAAAUAUGUAUGUAUAACAUUAUCAACAAACUGAAA